AUUUCAUUUAGAGACUCUGAAAGAGGGAGGGAGAGAGAGAGAGAGCAAGAAAGAAUCCAGACUGCUCUGCCGGCCUGGUCUGCUAAUCUUGCUAACCCUCAGAAGGGAAGCAUUUUGAAUCCUGGUUUCUUAAAUCCUCCCCUCACUUGUGACUGAAGAGCCCUGGACUUUGGAGAAACUCUUCGCUCUUUCAGGUGCUGUUCUCCUGGGACCAGAGGAUGCUGGCCCAGCCACUUAAGGAAGAAGCUGGUGGCAGGUGUUACUUUCUGAGUGUGACAAGAAGCUGAGUUCACCCAAUUAACUCUGCUGAGUGUUUUCACAAGGGGCCAGAAGUGAUUCCUAAGUGGAGACAGACGUGGAAAAUCUAAAGUUCUUGGAAACAAGUCAUUAAUCAUGACCCAAGGCUGAGCUCACUACCUCCUGGAAAUCUUUCAGAAAUGCUUUAUGAAAACUUUGUGCACUGCUUCUUCAAAGAGUGGUUCCUUUGGAAGCUGCCGUCAGGUCUGAUGCUGAGUGAUUCUAAAUUGCAGAUUAAAAUGCAUCUGUCUUAUUAGAGGAAGCCAGCGUUUCCUAACUUUAUUUAGAAGACGUCUCUUUAAUCUUCCAAGAAAUUACUACUCUUCAACUUGGCUUUUCCGAAAUGAAUAAUGGACCUUCAGGUCACUAAAGAAAUGAAGAAUUUCCACACUGAUUAGUCAACAGUGGAAAAUCCGAAGAGAUGCAAGUAGGAAAAAGAAACUAAAACAGGCCUGAAGAGCGAUGCGACAGGCGUGAUGGAGGUCGAGUCCUCCUACUCGGACUUCAUCUCCUGUGACCGGACAGGCCGUCGGAACGCGGUCCCUGACAUCCAGGGGGACUCUGAGGCUGUGAGCGUGAGGAAGCUGGCUGGAGACAUGGGCGAGCUGACACUCGAGGGGGCAGAAGGACAGACAGAGGCGGGCACCCCAGACAAGGAAGCUAGCAAGCAGCCUGAGAGCAACGAUGGGACCACCUCGUCUUGAGUCUGACUUUGCCCAUGGAAGGUGGAAGAGAGACCUGCUGUCCCCACCUGGACAGGGAGCCCUGGCAUUGGCCUGGCAGCCCCUUCUGAGCCCCUGUACCAGGCAAGCCAGGCCAGAGUGAAAAGGCACCCCCGGAGGCCGCCGUGGCCCCUACCCUGGAAAAACCCUCCCCCUGCACCCUCAGGCUCCACUCGCCCACCACCUCCUCACCGUGCCCAGGCACACUCUCAAGACCCUGUAGCUGCGGGGCAUUAUUUAUUCAGCGGGCACCUGGGUGAGCAGCACCCCAAGAACACGCCUCCAUAGGUGGUCUGGGCGGCAACCACGGCCCAGCUCUGCCCCGCCUUCUCCAAGCCCAACCUUCUGGGUCAAGACCUUCGUAUCCCUUUUUUUAAAAAACACUUUUAAACUUUUUAAAAACUAUAAACCUCUUUUCAGCAGAGAGGAAGGGAGCUGACUUUUUUUUUUUUUUUUUUUUUUGGAAGGCAUUGUAAGCAGAACUGACCAUCUGUGCAGCUCCACGUCCCCUCGUGGAGCUUCACGGAUCCAUUUCUAGGAAAGGGGUUUUGUGCUCACAACUGAUCAACUCUUUGCCCUUUCUACCAACAUAAGUGGCACCUAGGACCCAAGAAAUAAAUGCUGAUGAUUUGUG